AUGUAUACACUACACAUCAAGAAGAAAGAGGAAGCCUACUCUGCUAAGUCUAAUGCUAUUCAGGAAAUGUCCGACGAUGUUGUGGUUGUAUCAAUGGAUAUGCAAAGCGUGCUGCUGUCUCCUAAACUUCACGUUUCUGAGCAAUAUUAUAAAAUGAAAUUAGCUCUGCAUAAUUAUACGUUUUAUGUAAAAAAUACUAAGGAUGUAUAUUUAUACGUUUGGCAUGAAGGAGAGGGAGGAAUAACAGCGAAUAAUAUUACGAGCUGCAUCAUUAACUUUUUAGAAGUGUAUUGUGGAAACAAAAAGAAAGUAAUUCUUAUUUCUGACGGCUGUGCAUAUCAAAAUAAAAAUAAAGUUUUAUGCAGUGCCUUAGCUAAUUUAAGUGCUGUGAAAGAGCUUACCAUUGAGCAAAUUAUAUUAGAGAAAGAGCAUACAGUGAUGGAAGUGGACAACGUCCAUUCCACUCUAGAAAAAAGUUUAAGGCACCAAUUUUUACACCAAUGGAUUAUGUGUCCAGGAUGA